UUUUCUGUGGCUCGGCAGGGAAGAGGCAGAGGGAGUGCUGGGGGAGAAUUAGCACCAAAAACAUUUGCGAAAAGCACUGGAACCUAACGAGAGGGAGAGUACUCAAUCAUGUCUGAAGAAGAGGUGGUAGAGUAUGGGAGUGAAUUUCCAGAUCACUACAAGGUUAUGCUGGACAGGCUCAAUGAACAGCGGCAACUGGACCAGUUCACUGACAUCACCCUGAUUGUGGAUGGUAUGCAGUGUACUUGACCUUUAUGUGAACUUUCUUUUGCAUCUGAUUUUGCACAGGAGCACUGGCAAUUGACGUUAAAUAAUUUACCGUCGUGUCCUCUUACAGGAGUUAGUAACUUGGCCUUCCGCCACUUGAUUGAAUUCACCUACACUGCGAAACUUGCGGUGAAUGGACAUGAAGAGGUCAAUGAUGUGUGGAAAGCAGCUGAAUACCUUCAAAUGCAAGAAGCAAUCAAAGCUCUUAACAGCAGGACAAACAGCAGCCCUCCAUACACCGAGGUGCAGGAGUCAGCGAGUAGGAAUAAGGCCAAAAAGAGGAAGAUAGCAGAGACUUCGAAUGUCAUCACAGAGACUCUGCCCUCCGUGGAGACCGAGCCAGUGGAAAUCGAAGUGGAGUUUGCUGGCAGCACCAUCGAACUGGAGGAAGGGGGCAUAGAGGAAGUGGUGGACAUGGGAAAAGGUGUCAAGGGUUCCCAGGCCUCCUCUGAUGAUUCUGCACUAGCCCUGCUGGCUGACAUUACCAGCAAAUACCAGCAAGGAGAGCAGACGCUCCAUAUAGUGAAAAAAGACGUCGAAGUCGUCGCACAAGAAGAUGCACCUACCCCUAAAUCGCUGGAGAACAUAGAAGUGGUGGAAGUGCAGAUCUCCCACCUCAACAACCUCUUCCGGUGCGACAAGUGCGACCGCUCCUUCAAGCUCUUCUACCACCUGAAGCAGCACAUGAAGGUCCACUCGGACAAGCCUUUCGUGUGCCCGCACUGCAACAAGACCUACACCCGCGAAAGCGCCCUGAAGCAGCACCUCAACUGCAACCACUUCGAGGCCGAACAGUCCCGCCGCCAGCGGCCCCAGAAGAAGAUGCACGUCUGCGAGUACUGCGAGAAGCAGUUCGACCACUUCGGCCAUUUCAAGGAACAUCUGAGGAAACACACAGGUGAAAAACCAUUUGAAUGUCCAGACUGCCAUGAACGUUUUGCCAGGAAUAGUACAUUAAAGUGCCAUAUGGCUGCCUGUCAAAAUGGUGUUGGUGCAAAAAAAGGACGAAAGAAGCUCUACGAAUGCCAGGUGUGCAGCAGUGUGUUCAACAGCUGGGAGCAGUUCAAGGACCACCUGGUGAUCCACACCGGGGAGAAGCCCAACCACUGCACGCUGUGUGACGUCUGGUUCACCCAGCCGAACGACAUGCGCGUCCACCUGCGUGACUUCCACGCCAUUCACGAGAAGGUGGUGACGGAGGUGGUGAUCGCCGAGCCGGGGGCCUCCGAGGCCCUGCUGGAGGAGGUGCAGGUGGAGCCGGAGCAGAUGGAGGCCGGCCAAGUCGUGGAGGCAGUGCAGGUGGAGACCGUCGAGGGCGAGCAGGGGAAGGUCGAAGCGGGGGUCGACCUCCGGCACGGCGAAGAGGCUGAGGAAGUGACUGUAGCCCCCGAGGAGCCGCGGGGAAGCGAGCCAGACCCGGGACAGCAGCUGCAGUUCAAAGUGGAACAGAUCUCUGGCAGUGCUGUACAGCACUACCUGGAACAGACUGUGCAGGACACAGAGGUCCCUGAGGAGCAGGAGCAGGUGGAAAUACACGUAGAAGAGACAGAGAUUAGUGAAGUGCAAGCAGUAGAAGUAUAAGAAAAGAACCAUGUUAGCCCUUGGUAUUUCUUUUUCGGGAAGGCAAUAACAAUCCACUGACUCCUUUCACCACAGUGAAUAUCGAUAAACCAUGAAUUGCCUACUGAGAAAACUUGUUGGUUUAAUAAUUGACAGUUUCAAAUAUAAAUAUAAAUAAUAUUUAGGAUAUUUAUUUUCAGACAGGAUUUACUUGCUACUUAAUGUACAUCUUUGGAGGAGAAAUUAUCUUUGAAUGUGUUUUUAAGUUUAAUAGCUUAUCGACCACACCCCUUCACUUUUCCAUCGUUUCCCACUGAAUGAAGAAAUGGUGUCAUCUGCCUUUUUUAGGUCUUGGUACAGAGCAGAGAAGUGAUUGCGCUUUGCCAGUAAGAUGUUUGAAGGAAUUUGAGGUAUCCUCCCAAUGGGCCUCCCCGAAGAAACCAUCAAUUUUAAUCUUACCGUGAAAUUCUCUGUGAACUCUGAAAGUCUGAUGUUGGUAAUGUAUGACAGAUGAAGUUAAUAAAUGCUUUCUAUGAAAAAUAUGUAUAUGUCAGCUACAUGGUAUGUUUUUUUUACUCAUUUGUAAAGCUGUCUGUUGCAAUUAAAAACAUUUU